CUGUGGCAAACGUAUAACGUAGUUCACUCUUUAAUUUGUGCUUAGUAGUCACAAACAUAAUAACUUUUUAAGUUUAAAUCGAAAUAAAAGUAUUAAACUUUAAUUAAAAAAUUACAUUUUCUUAAAAAAGUAUUCAAAAUGACUGUAGGAACGUUAGCACACUCCAAACCGAAACCAGUUAAUAUUUCAGAGGUCGUCCAAAAAGCCCGGAACACAUUCAACAGCGGCGUCACAAGGCCGUUGGAAUGGAGAAAGAAACAAUUGAAAAGCUUAUUGAAGAUGUACGAAGAGAACAAAAACGCUAUGAUAGACGCUCUUGUCAAAGAUCUGAGGAGAAGCAAGACGGAGGCGAUUCUACUAGAAGUCGACUACCUGAUAAAUGAUCUAAGUAACACGCUGAAUAAUUUCGACGAGUGGACGAAACCUGAACAGCCUCCAAAAGGUAUUGUGAACGUUUUAGAUGACGUGGUUAUCUACAAUGACCCCUAUGGCGUGGUGCUCGUAAUCGGUGCGUGGAACUACCCUUUGCAACUGUUGUUGCUGCCCAUGGCUAGUGCGAUCGCAGCAGGGAACGUGGUCAUCGUCAAACCCAGUGAACUAGCAGUCGCCAGUUCACAGUUCAUUGUCGAAACGCUGCCUAAAUAUUUGGAUAAUGAUGCAGUUUUAAUCGUAGAAGGAGGCCCGGAGGAGACGACCGAAUUACUAAAACACAAAUUGGACUACAUCUUCUAUACUGGAGGCACAAAUGUCGGAAAGAUCGUAUACGCUGCGGCUACCAAACACCUCACUCCUGUUACGUUGGAAUUGGGAGGGAAAAGCCCAGUAUACAUUGACAAUACAGUGGACAUGGAGGUAACAGUGAAACGUGUGCUGUGGGGUAAAUUCAUCAACGUUGGCCAGACUUGCAUCGCUCCGGACUACAUUCUUUGCUCCAAGGAAGUUCAAGACAAGUUUGUUGAAAUUUCCAAAAAUGUUUUAAAAGAAUGGUACGGAGAGGACCCUCAAAAGUCACCGGAUCUUUGUAGGAUCAUUAACAACAGGCACUUUAGCCGUCUCCAAGCAUUAGUUGAUGCGAGUAAGGAUAAAAUAGCUGUCGGCGGUCGCUACGAUGCCCAGGACCGUUUCAUAGCUCCCACUAUUGUAAAGAAUGUGACCACCAGCGACAAAAUAAUGGAAGACGAAAUAUUCGGUCCGAUCCUACCGAUAGUUCCCGUCGAAAAUGCAUAUGAAGCUAUCCAAUUCAUUAACUCGAGGGAAAAACCUUUGGUGCUGUACGUGUUCUCGACAAACAAGGAGGUGACAAAGAAAUUAGUCGAAAAUACUAGCAGCGGCGGCAUGUGCGUUAACGAUACUGUCAUGCAAAUGGGAGUUGAUACGUUACCGUUCGGUGGUGUCGGUAACAGCGGUAUUGGAGCCUACCACGGCAAGAAGUCAUUCGACACGUUUACACACAAGAAGAGUUGCUUGGUGCGAAACUUUGCAGCAAUUGGAGAGAAACUGGCUUCUGGUCGCUACCCGCCCUACUCCGACGGCAAGCUGAAGCUUAUCUCUACAUUGAUGAAGAAGCGCCAGGGUCUAUCCUUCACGUACUUGCCGCACUUCAUUGCCUUUGCCCUAGGAGUUGGCCUGUCUUACGGAAUUUUCGCUUGGCAGAAGGUGGCCUCUGAAGAGUUAUAAAAGACAAAACUGCACCGGGAUGUCAGGAGUUUGAUAUUUUUUUUAUGUUUUUUUGUUUCUUAAAUCUUUAAGAAAUAACUUUAAGAUAUCUUUUAAAAAUAUAAAUACUUAAAGACUCAAAUUCAGAUCACUGAUAAUAAUUCUCGCUCAAGGUAUCACAAAUAUUCUUACAGCAUUAAAUUGUUUUAAAAAAAUAUGUAAUAAAUAACCAGAUUGCAUUCAACUUU